UGCAAGAAUGCCAACCUUAGAUGAUAUUCUAGAGCACAUUGGAGAGUUUGAUUUGUAUCAGAAAAGAGCAUUUUUUGUCCUGUGUUUGCUGUCUGCUGCCUUCACACCCAUCUACGUUGGUAUCGUUUUCUUAGGUUUUACUCCUGAGCAUCGUUGCCGGACAGCUGGUCUUCCUGAAUUAACAGCCAGAUGUGGCUGGAGCCUUGAAGAGGAGCUGAAUCAUACCUUUCCAAAGAAAGAAACUCAUGGAGAUGCUUUCAUUAGUCAGUGCCAGAGAUACAAUGUGGAUUGGAAUGUAUCUGGGCUCAACUGCACAAAUCCAAUUAAUUUUUUCACUGCAGAUAGCAACAUCAGCCACGUACCUGUUGUUGCAUGCCAAGAUGGUUGGCUUUAUGAUUUCCAUGGAUCAUCCAUUGUGACUGAGUUUAACUUGGUAUGCAAAGACGCCUGGAAACUGGAUCUAUUUCAAUCGUGUGUGAAUGUGGGCUUUUUUCUUGGUUGCGUAAGCAUCGGUUACCUGGCGGACAAGUUUGGCCGAAAACGGUGCUUACUGAUUAUCAUCCUAAUAAAUUCAAUCUCCGGUGUUCUUGUGGCUGUUGUCCCUAGUUACACAUGGGUAGUGGUUUUUCGCUUGAUACAAGGAUUGGUCAGCAAAGGAGGCUGGUUAACAGGAUAUAUCUUGAUUGCAGAGUUUGUUGGUCUGAACUAUAGAAGAACGGUUGGUAUUGUUUAUCAAGUGGCCUUCUCUGUUGGACUCCUCAUACUUGCUGCUCUAGCUUAUGGAAUUCCUCACUGGAGAUGGCUUCAACUUGCUGUCACAUUGCCAAAUUUCUUCUUUUUGCUCUAUUAUUGGUGUCUUCCAGAAUCUCCAAGAUGGUUGAUAGCCCAGCAGGAAAAUGACAAAGCCCUGAAAAUUAUUAAACGUAUUGCCAAGGGGAACCAAAAGAAGCUGCCACCAUCCAUGGAGAAACUUCGGCCUGAGGAAGAAAUGAGCGAUAAACCUAAUCCUUCCUUUAUAGACCUGGUGAGAACACCACAGAUAAGGAAACAUACAUUAAUCUUAAUGUACACUUGGUUUACCAGCGCUGUAGUGUAUCAGGGCCUCAUCAUGCAUCUGGGAAUCGGCGGAGGCAACAUUUACCUGGACUUUUUCUAUUCUGCUCUUGUGGAAUUCCCUGCUGCCAUCAUACUCAUAGUCACAGUUGACCGCAUAGGCCGCCGUUUUCCUUGGGCUGUGGCAAAUUUUAUGACAGGAAUCGCCUGUCUCAUUACUGCCUUAGUUCCGGAAGAUUUCUAUUGGCUAAAAAUGACUGCAUCUUGCUUUGGCAGGCUGGGUAUUACAAUGUGCUAUGAAAUGGUUUGCUUAGUCAAUGCAGAGCUCUACCCAACCUUCCUCAGGAAUCUGGGGGUUCUUGUCUGCUCUUCCAUGAGUGAUAUUGGAGGGAUCAUAACUCCGUUCAUUGUCUAUAGGCUGGCAAAUAUUUGGCACGAGCUUCCGCUUAUUGUCUUCGCUGUCAUUGGCCUUGUGGAUGGUGGUCUGGUGUUGCUCUUACCUGAAACCAAAGGGAAAACUUUACCUGAGACUAUUGAUGAUGCUGAAAAUCUGCACAGACCAGGGAGGCCCAAAGAAAAAAUGAUUUAUCUUCAUGUGCAGAAUUCAGAUGUGUCAAUUUACUGAAGAACAACUGUGUUCCCCACAAAUGUCCAUGGAUGCAUAAGGAGAGAAAAGCAAAAUGGUGGAGACAAACAUAACUCUUCAUGGGGGCUCUGAAGUCUUUAAACAUUCGAUAUCCUCUGCUUUUUGUGUGCAGCUUUGACUGUGAUAUAUUCCAGAGAAUUCUGUGGUCCUGGCAAACAUUUUAAAGUCUUCCCCAGGGUGGUCCCCUUUAGUUAUGUAAUCUGUCUUGAAUUUCUCAGAUUGGAGAAACCGGGCUAGGGACAGUGCCUAUUAGUAGGCCAAAAUGUAACAUGCAAAUUAUGGCCUUCAUAUGUAUAUUUAUAUAAGCAGCAUUGAGUCUAAUAAGCCCUAAAUAAAAUUAAGGAGCCAUACGUGGAGAUACCCCUCAUUCAAAUGGAGAUACUUUUGUGUAAUGUAACAUAAAAUAUGACCGAGAAAUUGA